AUGGACAAGCUCAAGAAACUCUUCGGUGGUGACAAGCACACCGACCAGCCAGCAGCGACCCGCUCGUCCAGCGCAGCAGCAGCACCAUCGGCAAGCGCUGCCUCCCGUAGUUCUGACGCGCAUCACCCAAACAAUGUCGUCUUGCACACCACUCUAGGUGAUAUUACUUGCAUCAUGUACUCCGACCUGACGCCAAGGACCUGCAAGAACUUCGCCACGCUCGCUCAGACUGGCAAGUAUGACGGCGUCAUCUUCCAUCGCAUCAUCAAGAACUGUGGUGACCCAACCGGUACUGGACGUGGCGGAAGCUCUAUCUACGGAGCCAAGUUUGAGGAUGAGUUCGUCUCUUCGCUCAAGCAUGAGGGCAAGGGUACACUCAGCAUGGCCAAUGCUGGACCAGGUACCAAUGGCAGCCAGUUCUUCAUCACCUUGGCAGCAACACCCCAUCUCAAUGGCAAGCACACCGUCUUUGGCCGUGUCACCGAUGGCAUGGAUGUAGUUGACAAGCUUGGUGCUGUCGCUACAGACAGCGGUGAUCGACCAAAGAGUGAGGUCAAGAUCAUCAACGCAACCGUCAACUGA